AUGGAAUCCAACAACCUACAAGGGACAUUAACGAGCCACUUGGGUCUCCUGUCAAAUCUGGAAGUCGUGUUGUUGGAUGACAAUGUCAUUACUGGAAACCUUCCCACAACGAUUGGAUUGUUGACCAACCUCCUAACCUGGAGUUCCCAGGCCAACGGUCUCACGGGGAGUCUCCCAUCCGAAAUGGGUCUGCUGCUGCAGAUGAGUCGGCUGAGACUGGAUCAAAAUGACAUGAGUGGCGCCAUUCCGGAAGCAUGGGGCGCCCUGACGGGACUCCAUAAUUUGGGGCUGGAUGGAAACUACGUGACCGGCCAGAUACCCCGGUCGUUGUGA